UACCAAUUACUCCGCAUUCUGUUAUGCGAGCAAGGCGGAAACUUGAAUUGAAUGUUGCGCUGCAAUUUACACUUUUUGUCUAUAAAAAUGCUUCCCGUAAAUCUGAGUACAAGGCGCCGGAUGGGGCAGAUAUGCUUUACUUGUUUGAAACGGCAAGCAGGAACGUUGCAUAUGUUUCUUCGUCUGCGUUUCGCAAGACCUACUGAUGGAAAACUAUAUGCUUAACAAUACACACGAGAGAUACAUGCUGCUUGAAGAACGAGAAAAAUACUUGUUCUCCAAGGGGAACAGUACAAUAACAUAGUAGAAUGAAAGCCGACACUGUCGCCGCAAUGCACGCCCAAUCACCUAGUGGCUUUAAAAAAUUAAAUAAAGAAGAGAAAGAAAGGAAUUUAUUCUCAAGGCAUAAAUAGAUGUCAUAUGCAAUUAUGAACACCAUUUGAGUGGUCUGAACGCAAAUACCAGCGCGCGAAGAAGUACGAAUGACCCUGCCUAGCAGUAUCGCCAGCAGUUUCCAACGGCGCGACCUUGAUGCGGCCCAAUACACUUCGAUCGCAGCGCCGCCACAGUAUUUUUCAACGUCGGGCGUCUCACUGCAAAACAUGCGCCGCCCCAGCCGCUCGUCCCACUCAAACGUAUUCUAGUACACUCCAGUGGCGGUGUAGCCUCCGACAUCACAAACACAGGUACCAGUAAAAAGUCAUAUACUCGUGGGCAUGAGUCGGGAACACGCAACCAAUAUUUAAAAUUCAUUUUCAGGAAAGCUAAAUGACUUGCAUCCAUAUCGUUUGGCACUGAUAAUCAGAGGGCAAAAGAGAACGUAUAUUAAAAUUUUUAUUAGGGUCAGUGGACAUCAAAAAAUCGCCGGAGUGGCCCUUUAAGCAUCGUGUUGUCUCAUUCCCGAGGGAAACAAUAAGUAUUUAUCGCUUCUGUGUCUGACGCAGGUCGAAAGACACCCAGUUGAACUCGGGCCUCCUCAGCGGAGUCAAAGAUGGCAGGAGCGGUUGCCUUCACCUCCCCCCUGGCUUAACGAGGAGAUUCGACAGAAGCUUCCUUCCUGAGCACAGAUUUUGACAACCUGCUACCAUGUACGGCCACGCCCGAGAGCACAUGCCACAUUCAGGACCACCUUUCGACGUUGAACGAGUUGCUGUUCUACGCCAAAUUCGAACUGCGGGAACUGCCGGCACUGUGCGGGCAGCUGGAGCUAGUGAGCCUGGCAGAGAAGAACCUGUACAUACCACUGGGACAGGAAAAGAUCUUCCAUCAAGCAGUUACGCUUGUUUACCAGCUGCUGAAGACGCACCCGUGCUUAUAGUGCACGUCCACAUUUGCCAUGACGUGUUCGCCUCAAAUGGACCACUGAUUUGCGACGCCCUCAAAUUCAACCGUUGGACUAGGCUGCUGAAUAUCGACUUCAGAGGGUGUGUCGUUAACCAGGAUCUCAACAACGUCUUUUGUUCUUUGAAACAAUUGGAGGAAUUGGAAUGUUUGGCGCCGGGGUUAUGCGACGAACUGUCAUCUGCUCUGUCUACUGUUGCUCGCGUCAGCACAUCGCUGAUGUCGCUCAAGGUUGCAGAGCUGUGUGUGAUAGGCAGCACGGUGAGGGUAUUCGUCGCAGCUCUUAAAGAAAAUUCUGCGUCAGGAUGGGUAAUGUGGCACUAGUUUCGGCUGUCGCCACGUGCGUCGAAGCUGCGACGUCCCUCCGCACGGUGAUGUUGACUCUGUGCCCGGAUGGCGUCGCAGGAAUUUAUGCGAAUUACAUCCAUGCCGCUCUGCGGCACUAGUUUCGUCUGUCGCCACGUGCGUCGAAGCUGCGACGUCCGUCCCCACGGUGAUGUUGACUCUGUGCUCGGAUGGCGUUGCAGGAAUUUAUGCGAAUCACAUCCAUGCCGUUCUGCGUCAGGAUGGAUAAUGUGGCAUAGUUUCGGCUGUAGCCACGAAGCUGCGACGUCCGUCCCCACGGUGAUGUUGACUCUGUGCUCGGAUGGCGUUGCAAGAAUUUAUGCGAAUUACAUCCAUGCCGUUCUGCGGCACUAGUUUCGUCUGUCGCCACGUGCGUCAAAGCUGCGACGUCCGUCCCCACGCUGAUGUUGACUCUGUGCUCGGAUGGCGUUGCAGGAAUUUAUGCGAUUCACUUACAUGCCGUUCUGCGUCAGGAUGGGUAAUGUGGCACUAGUUUCAGCUGUCGCCACGUGCGUCGAAGCUGCGACGUCCCUCCGCACGGUGAUGUUGACCCUGUGCUCGGAUGGCGUUGUAGGAAUUUAUGCGUAUCACAUCAAUGCCGUUCUGAAUCAGGAUCUUCUUUUUUUAUUUCUGGGGUUUUACGUGCCAAAACCAGUUUUGAUUAUGAAACACUCUGUAGUGGAGGGCUCCGGAUUAAGUUUGACCACCUGGGGUUCUUUAACGUGCACUACAACGCAAGCACACGGGCGUUUGUGUAUUUCGCCUCCAUCGAAAUGCGGCCGCCGCGGCCGGGAUUCGAUCCCGCGAGCUCGUGCUCAGCAGCGCAACGCCUUAGCUAACUGAGCCACCGCGGCGUGUCUGCAUCAGGAUGGGUAAUGUGGCACUAGUUUUGGCUGUCGCCACGUGCGUCGAAGCUGCGACGUCCCUGCGCACGGUCAUGUUGACUCUGUGCUCGGAUGGCGUUGUAAGAAUUUAUACGCAUCAUAUCCAUGCCGUUCCGCAUCAGGAUGGGUAAUGUGGCACUAGUUUCGGCUGUCGCCACGUGCCUCGAAGCUGCGACGUCCCUCCGCACAGUGAUGUUGACUCUGUGCACGGAUGAUGGCGCUAUGAUCGAAGAUACGAACGCAUCUUGGACAGAGAUAGUGGAGUCGCUGUCUCGGAACACGAGCAUCUCAGGAGAUAGUGGACGUGGUUAUCCGCCCCGACAACAGCGGUAACAGCCACGUGCCAGACCAAUACCUAGUGCAGCGUCUCCCUCAAGUGAUCAAAUCCAACCGGAACUUACGCAGAACCUACUUCGGCGCGGAACAAUCGUGCAUGGUCGCCGCCUUCUUUCGGCGUUUCUCUGAGGACAACGCAGACAACUACAACCUCGUGCACGUCACCUUGAGCGGAAUACUGGACACGGAAGCGGCGCGGGACUGCUUCAAGGUCCGCGACACGGUGCGUCGAAAUUGUGGCCUGGUGACACGCGCCGCGCAGUUCGCCAGAGGACGUACACUGGACAGGCACUGCGCCGAAGCUUUAGAACGGGUUUGGCGCCAUGCCGGACUCGGUGAGCUUGCCGAGCAGUUGUCCCUCAGCGUGAACAAGACGUCUGCCAUGGUAAGACGUUGGCUGAGGAGCAUGGAAGGCGUGCACGACUUCAUGCGGCUCGCCCGCGUCGUCCGGGACUGCGUCGAGUGCAACCCCUGCCAGGUCGAUCGCCUUCAACUGGACAACCUCAACGAGGACUGCUGGAGGCUGGUUCGUCGCUACCUGAUGCUUGGCGACGUCAGAGAGCCCGCUGAGUCCGCGACCCUCAUUGACUGAUCACAGGGCUAUAGCUCGAAAGGACCAGCAACUUCGCACGACGGCCUUCCGAAGUGUCUGCUCUGACUGGCAAGUGACAGCGUUUUGGACAAUUCUAGCACUGCACGUGAUCUACCUACAAGUGGAGCGACGUCUAAGUGUGAACAUCUACAAAGGGUUCAGUGUGCGAAGACACGAUAUUCCUAGCACGGGAUAGCUAUUUUAGUUCUUCGUUAGGAGUGAUUUGUGAAAUAAAAGUUUUCAGUUCAUCCUAUAUCCUGUAAAAUUUGUAUCUUGCAAAUAUCUUAUAAGUUGCUUGUAAAAUUAUGCAUUCGCAUUGAGUUCGGUUUCGGUUUACCUUACCACCUUCAAUAUGUGGAGAGCGAGCAUAGCUGAAUUUCCUGGCUCCAUCACAUUCGUGAUGAAUUUUCAGUAGUGACUAGGAAAUAUGAAAGGGAUUACAUUCGACAUUUCUAAGCGCUAGGACAAGGGCGCUCCACGUUAGCGCUGGCGCUAGAUCUAUCGAGACGCACUAACAUGUAUGCUGUCAUAUAAGAAAUUGGAGGCGUACGCUUAAGCUUCGCCUUUAAGAGUGGAACGCGAUAGCGUUAUCGGGCUCCGUUCGCAUCACACAACGUGGGAAAGCCAGCUUACAAAGACGAAGCUUACACUGAUCGCCUUAAAGUCGGCUUCACU